GGCCCGGCCGGUCCGGACUGGGGCGCCGCAAGAAGGACCCGGCAGGACCCGGACCGGCACCCGUAGCUACAGAGCGGCCGCGCAGAGCUCCAUGAAUGGAAAUCGGCAGCGCAGGACCCGUUGGGGCUCAGCCCCUGCUCAUGGUGCCCAGACGACCUGGCUAUGGCACCAUGGGAAAACCUAUUAAACUGCUGGCCAACUGCUUCCAAGUUGAAAUCCCAAAGAUUGACGUCUACCUCUAUGAGGUGGAUAUUAAGCCAGAUAAGUGUCCUCGGAGAGUGAACAGGGAGGUGGUCGAUUCAAUGGUGCAGCACUUUAAAGUGACAAUAUUUGGAGACCGUAGACCAGUUUACGAUGGUAAAAGAAGCCUUUAUACAGCCAAUCCACUCCCUGUUGCAACAACUGGGGUUGAUUUGGAUGUAACAUUGCCGGGAGAAGGUGGCAAAGAUCGUCCCUUCAAGGUGUCAAUAAAGUUUGUUUCCCGGGUGAGCUGGCACUUGCUGCAUGAGGUUCUGACAGGACGAACCUUGCCUGAACCUCUGGAAUUAGACAAGCCAAUCAGCACUAACCCUGUUCACGCUGUCGAUGUGGUGCUACGACAUUUACCCUCCAUGAAGUAUACACCUGUAGGCCGCUCCUUUUUUUCUGCUCCUGAAGGCUAUGAUCAUCCCUUGGGAGGCGGCAGGGAAGUAUGGUUUGGAUUCCAUCAGUCUGUUCGGCCUGCAAUGUGGAAAAUGAUGCUAAAUAUUGAUGUUUCUGCCACUGCCUUCUACAAAGCACAACCUGUAAUUCAAUUCAUGUGUGAAGUUCUUGAUAUUCACAACAUUGACGAACAGCCACGACCUCUGACUGAUUCUCACCGGGUAAAAUUCACCAAAGAGAUAAAAGGUCUGAAGGUUGAAGUGACUCAUUGUGGAACAAUGAGACGGAAGUACCGCGUCUGUAAUGUUACACGGAGACCUGCCAGUCAUCAGACUUUCCCAUUGCAGUUGGAAAAUGGUCAGACUGUGGAGAGAACAGUAGCGCAGUACUUCAGAGAAAAAUACAACCUUCAGCUGAAAUACCCUCAUCUUCCUUGCCUACAAGUGGGACAAGAGCAGAAACAUACCUACCUGCCUCUUGAAGUUUGUAACAUCGUGGCAGGCCAGCGAUGUAUCAAGAAGCUAACAGACAAUCAAACAUCAACCAUGAUAAAAGCAACAGCAAGAUCAGCCCCAGAUAGACAAGAAGAAAUCAGCAGACUGGUGAGAAGCGCAAAUUAUGAUGCUGACCCAUUUGUUCAGGAAUUUCAGUUUAAAGUUCGUGAUGAGAUGGCUCAUGUGACAGGACGUGUGCUCCCAGCUCCUAUGCUGCAGUAUGGAGGACGGAAUCGAACAGUGGCAACCCCAAGCCAUGGCGUGUGGGACAUGCGGGGAAAACAAUUUCAUACUGGUGUGGAAAUCAAGAUGUGGGCCAUUGCUUGCUUUGCAACGCAGAGGCAGUGUCGUGAAGAAAUACUGAAGGGUUUUACAGACCAGCUGCGCAAAAUCUCCAAGGAUGCGGGGAUGCCAAUCCAGGGCCAGCCGUGCUUCUGUAAAUAUGCACAAGGUGCUGACAGUGUGGAGCCCAUGUUCCGACACCUUAAAAACACAUAUUCUGGGCUCCAGCUCAUCAUAGUCAUUCUACCAGGGAAGACGCCAGUGUAUGCGGAGGUGAAACGUGUGGGGGACACACUUUUGGGGAUGGCCACGCAAUGUGUUCAAGUCAAGAACGUCAUAAAAACAUCUCCUCAAACCCUCUCAAACUUGUGCCUAAAGAUUAAUGUAAAACUGGGAGGAAUCAACAACAUCCUCGUACCUCAUCAACGACCUUCUGUGUUCCAACAACCAGUGAUCUUCUUGGGAGCAGAUGUUACUCACCCACCUGCUGGAGAUGGAAAGAAGCCAUCUAUUGCUGCUGUUGUAGGCAGCAUGGAUGCCCAUCCAAGCAGGUACUGUGCCACAGUGAGAGUUCAAAAACCCCGCCAGGAGAUCAUCCAAGAUUUAGCCUCCAUGGUUAGAGAACUUCUCAUCCAGUUCUAUAAGUCAACACGCUUCAAGCCCACACGAAUCAUCUUCUACCGUGAUGGAGUAUCAGAAGGACAGUUUCGACAGGUGUUGUAUUACGAGCUGCUAGCAAUUAGAGAGGCCUGUAUCAGUCUGGAGAAGGAUUAUCAGCCUGGCAUAACAUAUAUUGUAGUUCAGAAGAGGCAUCACACAAGGCUGUUUUGUGCCGAUAGGACGGAAAGGGUUGGAAGAAGUGGGAACAUCCCAGCUGGAACAACUGUAGAUACAGACAUUACGCAUCCUUAUGAAUUUGAUUUUUAUCUCUGUAGCCAUGCAGGAAUACAGGGUACCAGCCGUCCCUCGCAUUAUCAUGUAUUGUGGGAUGAUAACUGUUUUACUGCAGAUGAACUUCAGCUGCUAACUUACCAGCUCUGCCACACCUAUGUGCGCUGCACACGAUCUGUGUCUAUACCUGCACCAGCUUAUUAUGCUCACCUGGUAGCAUUUAGAGCACGAUAUCAUCUUGUGGACAAAGAACAUGACAGUGCUGAAGGAAGCCAUGUUUCAGGACAGAGCAAUGGGAGAGAUCCCCAAGCCCUUGCUAAGGCUGUACAGAUUCACCAAGACACCUUACGCACCAUGUACUUUGCUUAGCUAUAAAUAUAUAUAUAAAUAUAUAUAAGUGAGAACGGAGCCUAUUCACGAGAGGAAGAACUGCAGAAU